GUGCGAAAUACACCGUGCUGACGUGUUGUCGCCGCGCGCGCGGACCUCGUUUCGGUGGGGAGCCGUUUGGAUUGAGAGCCGCGACCCGUCAAGAUGAGUGUGGAAGUGGAAAGAAAAUUCCUCUGUAAUGCUGACACUCUGAAAACUCUGGAGGAGAUCGGUGCUGUCUGCGUCGGCCAGCGGCAGUUCCACGACGAGUAUUUCGACACCGCCGAGUUCCACCUCACUCUGAGGGACAUGUGGCUGCGGAAGCGCAAAGGAUGCUGGGAGCUGAAGUGUCCCACGGCGAAGCUCGACGGCUCGGAGGAGCAGCGGGACGCGGCGCUCUGCACACGCUACAAGGAGAUCACCGACCUGCCGGAGAUCCACCUGCGGGUCCGAGAGGCCGUGGGAGACGAGGACACGGAGACGUGUCCCCCGCUGGAGGACGAGUCCUGGCUGAGGAGGUGGAAGCUGGCGUGCUUCGCAGAGUUCACAACGGUGCGCCGGUCGUUCACGCUGCAGGAGGAGGGCGUGCAGGUCGAUCUGGACCAGGCCGACUUCGGGUAUCACGUGGGCGAGAUCGAGGUCCUCGUACCAGAAGGGGGCGACGUGCAGCGAGCGAUGGAGAAGAUCAGCAGGACGGCUCAGCAGCUGGGCCUUUCAGGAGACAAGAGAAUCGAAGGGAAAAUGACUGUUUACCUGAAAACAAAUCGUCCUGAGCACUACGCGAGACUACUGAAGGAACACAUUCUGUAGAGAGAUAUCACGCUCCGUGUCUCAGUCUGUUUGAUUUAAAAUGUUAUUUAUUAGAAAAGCAAACUAAACACUGGACAAAAAGUAAGAAAAUGUGAGUUUCUGUUGGUUAUUUUACUGCUGUAAGGCGACACAGUGGUACAGUGGACAGCACUCAUCGUGAGAAGGUGCACUUUUGGAGUUAGUGUAGAUGGACUGAUGGAUGGAUUUAACUGUGAGUCUUGGGAACAAAUGCACUGCGGUUCAUCCAACGCAUGCACAGUAUUGGCAAACGUGGCAUCAUUUAAAACAGCAGUGUCAAACUCAUCUGAGCCUCUCUCGACCCGACAACGACGUGAAAAAACAUCCUUUUUUGCGUUUUUGUUUCAGAAAAUUUUGGACCCCCCAAAAUGGACCCCCAAAACGCAACAAAGAUUUUGCCUUUUCACUUGAAAACAUUGCAUAAACCCUACCUCGGAUAUUACACUUAAAGUCCUCUCUGUGCAGAGUUUGCAUGUUCUUUCCAUGAG